AUAAUAUUGUCAUUCUUCAGGAGGUGCUACAUUCACUGAGAACGAAGAAAGGCAAAAAAGAGGGGGGGGGGGGGGGGGGAUCAAGGUCGAUCUUGAAAAAGCUUAUGACAGGCUCAGGUGGGAUUUCAUUCGGGAUACCUUGAUUGAGGUUGGUCUCCCGAGUACGUGGAUAAGCAGAAUCAUGAUGUGUGUGGAAGAAAACAGGAUGAGGAUCAAUUGGAAUGGCAAGCUCACCGAGCCAAUCUUGCCUUCUCGGGGUGUUCGUCAGGGUGACCCACUGUCACCGUACCUCUUUGUACUAUGUAUGGAGAGGCUUGCUCAUAGGAUCGAAGUAGCGGUCAAUGAUAAGCAGUGGAAACCUCUUUCCAUCACUCCCAAUGGUUUGAAAUUGUCACAUUUGUUUUUCGCAGAUGAUUUAAUCCUUUUUGCAGAAGCAGGUGGCAAGCAAAUCGACAUCAUCCGUCAAUGUCUUGAUGAUUUCUGUGCAAGCUCAGGACAGAAGGUCAACUUGAACAAGUCAGCCUUAUUCGUCUCCCCAAAUAUAGCUCGGACCAAAGCUGAACAAUUGAGUGCUCGAGCCAAUAUUCCUCUCACGACGGACCUCGGCAGAUAUUUGGGGCUCAAUGCUAUCCAUGGUAGGAUCACUAAGACCAGAUACAAAGAACUCUGUCUUAAGAUUCAAAAGAAGCUGGCCUCGUGGAAAACAGGUUACCUCUCCCUGGCUUCUCGCCUAACCAUGGUGAGAUCUAUCUCUUCUUCAAUGGCUGUUUACCCUAUGUUCUCCGAGAAACUUCCAAGUUCUGUUUGCAGCCUGUUAGACAAGAUAAACAGAAAGUUCGUUUGGGGAGAAGAGGAAGGCCACUCUAAAUUUCACUCAGUUGGCUGGGAAACCAUGACGACACCAAAAGCUAUGGGAGGAGCUGGCAUCAGGCCCACUAAGCAAGCCAAUCUAGCUAUGCUAUCAAAAGGAGGAUGUAAGUUAGUAACCAGGGAGGACACUCUUUGGACAAAGCUUCUUCUAGAAAAAUAUGGUGGCAGCAGGGAAGGCCUGGACAUCAUCAGAAAGAAAAAGGGAAGUUCUUUAGCUUGGAAAAGUUUUGCUGCUACCUACAACACUCUUAAGAAAGGUUUUGCCAUUAAUAUUAAGGAUGGUAAGCAGACUUACUUUUGGUUGGAUCCGUGGCUAAUGCAGGUACCCUUGAUAGAACAUGCCUCCGCAGAGCUGACAGAGGAGAUGAAGCAGCGACGUGUUGCAGAAUUGUGGGAGCAUGAUCGUGGAUGGAGGCUGGAAGAAUUCCAACAUCUUCUUCCACCACAAAUCGUCGACAAGAUCAGAGCUAUUUUGAUCGACCCGCUGGCGGUGGGAGGUGAUAAAAUCAUUUGGAAUCUCACCUCCAAUGGUCACUUUUCAGUCAAUUCAGCUUUCAAAGCAGAGCAAUCUUCUCAAUCCCUUCAGAACGAUCCGAUUUGGAAGAAAAUCUGGAGGCUUCAUGUGCCAGAACGAGUUCGGGUAUUUGUUUGGAUGGCAAUGCUAGGCAAGUUGACUACAAAUCAGAUCAGAAAAGACAGACACUUGACUGACAACAACUCGUGUCCUGAAUGUGAAGGUAUUUCGGAAACAAUUGUACAUUGUCUCAGGGACUGCAGGAAAGCCAAGGCGGUUUGGAAUAAAAUCCUGGAUGCUAAUAGAAGGGCAGCUUUUUUCAAUGCUGGCCACCAAGAUUGGAUGAAAUCCAAUAUACUAGAUGUUUCUACCGGGAAUUGGAUGGGAGAAUGGGGAAGUUUCUACAGCCUAGUUAUAUGGUAUCUAUGGAAGUGUAGAAACGAUGGGAUUUUCAAGGGCAUCAAGCUGUCAUCUUCCACUCUUCACCAUUAUGUUACAGCCAAGGCCAACGAUUGGGCUCGGACUUGGAUUGAUGCCAGGAAAUCUUUGGCUAUGGUAGAGGGAGGUAACAGGACAGAGGCUUUGAUUGGUUGGAAGAAACCCCCUAUUGGCUGGCAUAAAAUGAAUACGGACGGCGCGAAUCAAAGCAAUAUGGGCAUGGCCACGGCGGGCGGAGUUCUUCGGGACCAUAAUGGCACUUGGCUAGCCGGUUUUUGCAGCAAAAUCGGCACAGGAACUGCUUUGUUGGCAGAGCUAUGGGGGGUGCUGCAGGGCUUAGAGCUUGCUUGGAAGAAAGGAUCUCGUUUUCUCGUCCUGGAAACAGACUCUCAAAUGGCUCUUCAGCUGAUCGAACAAAGAAGAGAUGAGGUUCACCCAUAUGCUACUAUCUUGGGCGCUAUUCGUAGGCUUCUUAGUCAGGAUUGGAUGGUGCGUCUAGUUCAUACAUAUCGCGAAGGGAAUAGAGUCGCGGACUGGCUCUCGAAGCACAGUCUCGUCUAUCCCUUCGGUAUGUAUGAGCUUGAGGCUCCUCCUUUAGAAGUGAAUAAGAUAUGUUAUGAAGAUGAAGCCGGUACCAGCUUCCCUAGAAUGGUUAGGCUGGACAAUGAGACUUGAUUAGCGCUCUCUUUGCUUUUGUUUCUCGGCCUGGUUCUGCCUAGCUGGGAGAAUUAGUGUUCUGUUUGUUUUCUUCCUGGCACUUGCUGCCUCCAUUUUCUCAAAAAAAAAAAAAAUCUAUC